GUGCUUCCGGUCGCCAUCUUGUCGUUUAGCUGUGUGUAUGUGUGUGUGAGAGAGAGAGAGCAGCGGCUGCGUUGGAGUAACCGACCAAACUCUUUCUCUUUAUCCUUAUUGAUAUUUCUAUUACGAGAUGUCAAAACGGCACCGGCUGGACUUAGGCGAUGAUUAUUCGUCGAGCAAGAAGAGGUCAUCUGACGGUAAGGACCGAGACAGAGAUCGGGAUGACCGUUCGAAGGAUCGCGACCGUGACCGAGACAGAGACCGUGAUCGAGACCGGGAUCGAGACAGCAAGGCGUCUAGUGCGCCUCUCAUCUCCAGCGUGCCCGGCGUUGGGAUGCUCCCUCUGAAGCAGACGGCCAUGCAGCAGCAGAUCAACCCCUUCACCAACCUGCCUCACACGCCGCGCUUCUACGAGAUCCUCAAGAAGAGGCUGCAGCUGCCCGUCUGGGAGUACAAAGAGCGCUUUAAUGACAUCCUCCACCGGCAUCAGAGCUUUGUGCUCGUCGGAGAGACAGGCUCUGGAAAGACCACACAGAUCCCUCAGUGGUGUGUGGACAUGGUGAGGGCCCUCCCGGGCCCCAAGCGCGGCGUGGCUUGUACACAGCCUCGUAGGGUGGCAGCCAUGAGUGUGGCUCAGAGAGUGGCUGAUGAAAUGGACAUCAUGCUGGGCCAGGAGGUCGGAUACUCCAUCAGAUUUGAGGACUGUAGCUCUGCAAAGACCAUUCUGAAAUAUAUGACAGACGGUAUGUUGCUCCGCGAGGCUAUGAAUGACCCGCUGCUGGAGCGAUACGGUGUCAUUAUUCUCGAUGAGGCUCACGAGCGCACCUUAGCCACAGAUAUUCUGAUGGGAGUCCUCAAAGAAGUGGUUCGGCAGAGAUCUGACCUUAAGGUCAUCGUAAUGAGCGCCACUCUGGACGCUGGAAAGUUCCAGGUUUAUUUCGACAGCUGCCCCUUGCUGACCAUUCCCGGCCGGACGCAUCCCGUGGAGAUCUUCUACACGCCCGAGCCGGAGAGGGACUACCUGGAAGCAGCCAUUCGCACGGUCAUCCAGAUCCACAUGUGUGAGGAAGAUGAGGGAGAUGUGCUGCUCUUCCUCACCGGACAGGAGGAAAUCGACGAAGCCUGCAAACGGAUCAAACGUGAGAUUGACGAUCUCGGCCCUGAUGUUGGGGACAUUAAAAUCAUCCCGCUCUACUCCACGCUGCCACCACAGCAACAGCAGAGGAUCUUCGAGCCGCCUCCACCCCGCAAACCCAGCGGAGCCAUCGGCAGGAAGGUUGUGGUUUCUACAAACAUCGCUGAGACGUCCCUGACCAUCGAUGGCGUGGUGUUUGUAAUUGAUCCUGGCUUUGCCAAGCAAAAGGUGUAUAACCCUCGUAUUCGAGUCGAGUCGCUGCUCGUAACGGCUAUCAGUAAGGCUUCGGCCCAGCAGAGAGCCGGUCGUGCUGGACGUACUCGCCCAGGAAAGUGCUUCCGGCUCUACACAGAGAAGGCCUACAAGACUGAGAUGCAGGAUAACACAUACCCUGAGAUUCUCAGGUCGAAUUUGGGCUCUGUGGUGCUACAGCUCAAGAAGCUCGGUAUCGAUGACCUAGUGCACUUUGACUUCAUGGACCCACCAGCUCCUGAGACCCUGAUGCGAGCCCUGGAGCUGUUGAACUAUUUAGCGGCGCUGAAUGACGACGGUGACCUGACGGAGCUGGGCUCCAUGAUGGCUGAGUUCCCUCUCGACCCCCAGCUGGCCAAGAUGGUCAUCGCCAGCUGCGAUUUCAACUGCUCCAAUGAGAUCCUCUCCAUCACCGCAAUGCUAUCAGUCCCACAGUGCUUUGUGCGGCCCACCGAAGCUAAGAAGGCAGCCGACGAGUCCAAAAUGAGGUUCGCCCACAUCGACGGGGACCACCUGACCCUGCUCAACGUCUACCACGCCUUCAAACAGAACCACGAGUCGGUGCAGUGGUGCUACGAUAACUUCGUUAACUACCGCUCGCUGAUGUCGGCUGAUAACGUGCGGCAGCAGCUCUCACGCAUCAUGGACCGCUUCAACCUGCCGCGACGCAGCACAGAGUUCACCAGCCGAGACUAUUACAUCAACAUCCGCCGCGCUCUCGUCACAGGCUUCUUCAUGCAGGUUGCUCACCUGGAGCGCACCGGCCACUAUCUCACAGUGAAGGACAACCAGGUGGUCCAGUUGCACCCUUCCACCGUACUGGACCACAAGCCCGAGUGGGUUCUCUAUAACGAGUUUGUGCUGACCACCAAGAACUACAUCCGCACCUGCACUGAUAUCAAACCCGAAUGGCUGGUGAAAAUCGCUCCAGGAUACUAUGAAAUGAGCAACUUCCCUCAAUGCGAGGCUAAGAGACAACUGGAGCGCAUCGUCGCUAAACUUCAAACGAAGGAGUACUCUCAAUACUAAACUUGCGCAACGGUGUAAAGACUGUACGUUUUGAAUUCGAUAUGCGCUGUGCAAUGCUUCUGAAGUUGUACAUCGUCUCCCAUCUACUUUAGGUUUUGUGUCUGUGUUUCGUUUUCUGUUUUGAUUUGUCAAGAUAUAAUUAUUUUUUAUAACUCUUUGCUCCCGGCUCCGCCGCGUGUUUUGGCACCUGGUGAAAGGUCAUCAUUUAAUUGGUCACUCUAGGCACUAAGGAUUGGUUGGGAGCAAAUGCUUAACAGGAAUAAACACCAUUAACUCUUUUUGCUUGAGCAUUUAUGUGGAUGUUGACAUUCCUUAUCGACAUUGAGAACUUCCUGCUAUAUUAUUGAGUAGAAAAGUCCCUGUUUAUUCUGUAAAGGAGCUUUUACUUCAAUAAUAAAAAUACCUUGAUAUCA